CUGUCAAGUGUCAAGUUAAGUUUAUAACUUCAUAUGUAUUACCAGCGCAAGUAUUUAAAAUAAAAAAAUAUAAAAAAGUCCAGAAAAAAUGGCUGCAGUUAUUGCGGCUUCUGUAGAAGAACCUCCUACUAUCAAUAAUUCUAAUAAAACCAGUUUAGAAAAAAUAGAAAGUUUCCUCAAUGAAUCUGCUUAUAAUGAAGCACUCGAAAACUCGAGCAACUAUAAUGCCAGACUACGCAUUGAAAGAAGGCUUAGGCUUCCCUUCAUCGAUACCCAAACAGGCGUGGCUCAAAAUCAUUCUUCUUUAUUUAUGGACAAGAAGCAAAGGAUACCAGGAUUACUUCCUGGACAGAUAUACUCCUAUCCCAGACAGAGAUGGAGGAAAAAGAGGCGACAGUAUCUUUCGAUGAAUGCAAGGGCCUUUGCUAGAGCAGCAGAUCACUUACUAGAUGGAACUGAAAAUGACAUACAUGCUAUUGCUCAGCUUGAAAAUCCUGUUCUGCAGGAUAAUGAUAGUAAGGACAGCCAGCUUCUCAAAGAUGAUGUUUCAAAGGAAUGGUUCUAUGAUGAAACAGACAUAUUGGAAAUGGAUCCCUUUGACGAACCCGACCCUGAUUCAGAUUUAGAUUAUGAAGAAAGUUACAGUAAAAGAAGAAGGGGAAGAAAAGGUCUUGGAAGGGGGCGUAGCGGUACGGAUUCUCCGAGUACACCUGGCAGAAAGAAAGGAACGGGCCGUGGGAGGAAAAAAUCUGGUCACAAUUUCGACCCCACUCCAGGCGAUCCCGAUAAACCGUUUGCUUGUGAACUGUGUGGGGCGCGUUACAAGACCAGACCCGGGCUGACGUACCACUAUCGCCACUCGCACAAGGAAGGCGCAAGCGAUGACAACUCGCGCGACAGCAUCGCUCCCACCCCCUCCACCCAAACGGGCGGCGCCCCGAGCUCGAUGCUGCCCAACAGCCCGAGUGGUUUGGGCCAAAGCAACCCCGUCGCCGUCGGGGUUGGGCCUGCGCCAGUAGGCCCGCCCGCUGCUGGUGCGGCCACCGCCGGUGGCCCGCCCAAUUUGGCUGGACCGAUGGGCGAAACGAACAGCAGAUCCGAAGGACAAGUGUAUCAAGAUAGUUACGUGUCUUUUUUGAACCAGACACCCGGCUCGCUAAGUCGCAGAGGCCCUCGCCCGCCCAAUUCCCCUGGUUCACAACCGCAGGUACCGAUACCACCCGCGGUUCUAAAUCAGUCUCCCGGGCAAAUACCCCCCAUUCUACCACCGAAUUUUCCUCCUCGACCGCCGUCUCCCCAGACGGACGAACUUCAAAUGCCGGUUUUAAUGCCGGAGAAAAACUUUGACAUCCCUUUAGUUCCGUCCGUCAUCGAAGAGUCUUUGGGGAGUCCCGGACCAUCCUCGGUUCCUGAUAAGAAGAAUUCCCCCAAUCCGUACUGUGACUUUUGUCUGGGGAACUCCAGUGAAAAUAAGAAAACCGGAUCGCAAGAGGAAUUAGUGUCUUGUUGUGAUUGCGGUAGAUCAGUAUUCAUGAAGAUGUAAGUUGAUAUUGUAUAACAGAAUAUAGAAUACUUUUAUAAAGGUAAAUAUUCAUUUAUUUUUGAAUGUGUCUCUAAAAGACAUUUACUGUGUCAUGUGUUAGUCUGGAGUAAAUGUUUUCAAGCCUAUGCUAAACUGGGAUCAAUUCAAGAAUAAAUUUACGUCAUCAAAUAAAUCAUCUGACAUAAUUUUGAUGAAUAAAUCACAUGACGCGUUUGGACGUCAUUUAGGUUCCAAGUUCUAAGAGUACAAAAAAGUUACAGUAUGGGUAAAAAAAUUGUUACACUUACAAUAUCAUGACAGGAAGUCUUAUCCCUCUUAUCAACUCGUUUAUUUUAAUGAGAAUAUUUAAAAGAUUAUGAAAAGAUGGUUUUAAAAAUGUAUUAUAAAUAGUUAUUUCAUAACUAAGGAUCUUUGUAAUAAAUCAAUUUUAGAUAAUCAGUUUUUAAAACACAAAGUUGUUUUUAAUAUUGGACUAUUUUCUGACUGAAAAAUAAAAGACUUUUUACUGAAGAUCAAAUCAAGAAAUAAUGAACUUUCAGAGUCUUCAUUUUUAAAAAUCGGUUAAGGUGUUUCCGAGAUACAAUCCCCUACAAAUGACGAUAAAAUUAGCGGUACCGACUAAUUCUGUAAGCAGUUUAUUUAAAAAAUUGUGUUUUGGCAUAAGAUUACUGACAUCUAGGCAACCAAUAUUACUUUCUUAUAUUGUUAUAUUGUUAGUUGCAUAUGCAUUCAUUCAUUUUAUUGACAAAUAGCGUCGGCAUAUUGUGUAAAAUCAUGCUACACAAUCUGAAGAGGCUACAUUUUGUCGGCGUAUAAUGUCUUAACAUAAUCUGACUAAAUUAAAAUAUCGGCACCUUGUGAAGUAACGAUUUAUAGUCGUCAAAUUGUGUAACGUUUUUAUUUUACCUGGUUUUAUUAAAGCUGGUAGUAAUCUUGUUAUUAUUUGUGGUUAUUAUAGGGGAAAAUAAUGAAAAAGAGUUGUUUAAUGCAUACCAUAAAAAAUAUUAUACGUCCUGAAUGAAUAAAAGACCCAUACAACGUGUAUCAGUUAGAUAAGACAUAAACAGUUGUUUGAGGUCAUGUUAUAAAUCAUACAAAAUAUACGUAGAUAAACACCAAUGCUAGAUAAUAUAGGGUGGACGCAAUAAUAAUUAUUUAAGUAUAUUCGUAGGGUAUUUAGAACUAAAUAUUAUAUAGGUAAAAAAAAAUGUUUGGCCUAAAACUGUCAUACUAGCUCUAAAAUGACAAAAACAAGUUUUGACAAAACAAAAAUUUGUCCACCGUAACUCCCGAACGGUUUGAGGUAUCCAUUUUAAAUUUAAUGGACAUAAUCAAAAAAGCUGUGAAAUCGUUUUUAAUAUUUUUAGAGAUAUAAAGUAUUUUAUGCGUCAGGGUGGUGUAGCAGUAUUUCAGGUUGUAGCAUUUUUUGUAUCUGUUUAAUCCCAUACAGCACAAACACAUUUCGGAAAUAUUCCAAAAAUGUUACAUUGAAACAUUUGCAAUGUUGUAUAAAUAUUACGAAAC